AGGCAAAGGUGAAACCAAAUUCUUGUUGCUUUUCUCUGUAAUAAUGUCUUCAGAGGAUACUACGGCUAAAGUCGGCAGCAUGAGCAUUACUGACAUGUAACGAAAUUGAUGAUGAGACGUUCCUGCCUGUCACUAAUAAUAAAAUCAUCCAGUUCACUAAAGUGCACUGCACAAUCUAUGACAACUCUCUGCAUAAGAAACACCUCUUUUCAUCCUCCUAAACCCUUGAACAGAAAUCUGGGUUUAAAGUUUAGACAGUGCUUUAAGAAAUUUAGUGGAGUUAACAUGCUAGAUAUAUUGUAUUCAUCUGAGAAGUUUGGAUGUGAUGAUAGUGGUGAUGGAACGGAAGGAAAACCAUUUAAAACUGUUUUAAAAACAAUGAAAUUUUAUGGAAAAGAACCUUUUCCCAAGAUAAUGGUUGAUAGUAAAGAGGAAGGCAAGAAAUUUGAGGAAAUUGCCAAGGCACAGCUGAAGAAAGUGACAAAGAUAUUUCAACAAGAACAAAGAAAAUCAGAAAAGCGAGAAGAGAAAGAGGCAGAGAAAGCAGAACAGCGUGCGAAGAAUCUCGAAGAAGCCAAACAGAUUGUUAUUGAGGAGGAUUCCUCUUUGCCCAAAGCACUGAAGAUAAAAAUAAGAGAUGCCGCAAACCACCGCGAUCAACGCGUCAAGAUUCAAGCUUGGGUUCACCGUAUAAGGCGACAAGGCAAAACCUUGAUGUUUCUUGUUUUGAGAGAUGGUACUGGAUUUCUUCAAUGCGUUCUGUCAGACAAACUGUGUCAAACGUACGAUGCUUUGCUGUUGUCUACUGAAUCAACUGUCACUCUUUAUGGGGUCAUCUCUGCAGUACCCGAAGGAAAAUCGGCACCUGGUGGACAUGAGAUGAAGGUUGAUUUCUGGGAGCUGAUGGGUUUGGCUCCAGCAGGCGGUGCUGACGCCAUCAUGAAUGCAGAAUCUGGUGUCGAUACACAACUGGACCAGCGCCACAUCUUAAUGCGGGGUGAAACGAUUUCGAAAGUAAUGAAAAUGAGGGCAAUUGUUUCGCAAUGUUUCCGUCAGCAUUAUAUUGACCGAGGAUACUUCGAGGUCAACCCACCCACUUUGGUUCAGACGCAGGUUGAAGGUGGAUCGACUCUGUUCAAAUUUAACUAUUUUGGGGACGACGCCUACCUAACUCAAUCAUCUCAACUGUAUUUGGAAACUGCUUUACCGUCUUUGGGUGAUGUCUUCUGCCUGGCGCAGUCAUACAGAGCUGAACAGUCAAAAACUAGAAGACAUUUGUCUGAAUACACUCAUGUUGAAGCAGAAUGUCCCUUCAUUACCUUCGAAGACCUUCUGGAUAGAAUUGAAGAUCUGGCCUGUGAUGUUGUUGAUCGUGUUUUGAAGUCACCUUACAAGGAUCUUCUGUACGAACUCAAUCCGGACUUUAAACCACCAAAGAAGCCUUUUAAACGAAUGAACUACACUGACGCUAUAGUAUAUUUGAAAGAACAUGACAUCCGCAAAGACGAUGGAACCUUCUAUGAAUUUGGUGAGGAUAUCCCAGAAGCACCCGAGAGGAAGAUGACAGAUCAGAUCAACGAGCCUAUAUUCCUUUGUCGUUUCCCAACGGAAAUAAAGUCAUUUUACAUGCAACGAUGCCCCGAAGACAGAAGACUUACAGAAUCUGUCGACUUGUUGAUGCCAAAUGUUGGUGAAAUCGUUGGAGGUUCAAUGAGAAUUUGGCAAUAUGAUGAAUUGCUGGAAGGCUACAAGCGUGAAGGCAUUGAUCCAACACCAUAUUACUGGUACACAGAUCAGCGUAAGUUUGGCACAUGUCCCCAUGGGGGUUAUGGCCUGGGUUUGGAGCGAUACCUCUGUUGGCUUUUGAACAGAAUGCAUAUUAGAGAUGUCUGUAUGUACCCGAGGUUCACUGGACGAUGCCGACCUUGAAAAAACAGCUCAAGUCACAUCCAAAAUAUUCAAUACAAGUUGUAUUAUUUAGGAAAUUCUAUAGGAAUGAAUAUUUUCAAUAAAUCUCAUCUCUCAAUCU